UGGGAACUUUUAUUAGUUCAGACCCACGCAGGGUCAGGCAUCGGCAAAGUGUCUGUGAUCUUCACGUUUUACAACAUAAAAUCACUGGACUUCUGAGUUUCUCUAAACACUAAAGUAGUAUACAGUGCAUUGGAAGUUUUAAAUGAACAAAUAAUACUAUUUUUUAUUUAAAAAAACAUACAUGGCUGUAGAAGGUUGCAGAGGAAAGCAUACCUAUUGUGUUAUAGGUCUAUGUCUUUAUAUCUAUUUUAAAUGUUAGGGGCUAUGUUAGAGAGGCUCUUUGGUGACUGCUUAUGAUUGAAAGCAACGAUAUAAAUCUGUGCCUAAUUUUUAAAGCCCUAAUAAUUGAAAAUGUAUAUUCACAUAGUUCAUAUACUUAGUUAUGUAGCUAUUCAUUACAAUGGCUUAUAGCCUAUGUUUAAUACAAUGCUAAAUGUUGUUAGAUAUAUUAUUUAUUAUUAGUUGAUUAUUUGUUAUUAGCUGUUAACAAAUACAAUGACGCUUAAUUGAUGAUGGUUAGUGACACAAAGUUCAUAAUCUUAAAUGCAUUUCUCUUUUAUGUUCUUGCAUUCUUUCUAAUCCAUCAGAAUGUUUCUGUCCACCUGUUUCAACUUUCUUUUUCUUAUCUUCAUUUCUUCUAUAUCUUCACCAAGAUUCUGCUUUCUUCAUCUAAACCCGUCCAAAAAUCCUAUGUGCCCAAGCUUCACAAGGGCGAUGUAAAGGAUAAAUUUGAAGCUAUGCAGAAAGCAAGGGAAGAAAGAAAUCAAAGGAGAUCUAGAGAUGAAAAGCAAAGAAGAAAAGAACAAUAUGUUAGAGAGAGAGAAUGGAACAGGAGAAAGCAGGAGAUGAAAGAACUCCUUGGAUCUGAUGAAGAUGAUGAUGCAAAAUUAUCUAAAAUAGAAAAAGGUUAUGUUCCAAAGCUAAUAGGAACCGUUAAAGGCAAGUUUGCAGAAAUGGAGAAGCAAAGGCAAGAAGAAGAAAGAAAAAGAAUGGAAGAAGAAAGAAAGCGCAGAAUUGAACAAGAUAUGAUUGAGAAAAGAAAAAUUCAAAGGGAAUUAGCAAAAAAAGCACAGGAGAUUGAUGACUUUAACAAUACGGGAACUGAAUCAGCAGCUGAGGAAGGGGAUGAUUCUCUGCUAGUUACAGUAGUGCCUGUAAAACCCACCAAAACACCUGGGAAGAUGAAAAUAAACUUUGAGAACACAGGAAAGGAGAGAGCUGAACAAAGACAGAGACAGGAUGAAGAAAUGAAGCUAAAAUAUGAGGAACAAAACCAAUUCCUUAAGGAAACCAAGGGCCUUUCAUUUGUCAAGGGUGAAAAUGAAGACAAGGAAACCCAAGAGCCUCUGUCUCCUGGUAAGCUGAAAGUUACAUUUGAAGAACUUGAAAGACAAAGACAGGAAAAUCAAAGGCGGCAAGCAGAGGAAGAAGCAAGGCAGCGUUUAGAAGAGGAAAAGCGUGCCUUCGAAGAAGCUAGACAGCAAAUGAUAAAUGAAGGUGGCGAUGAAGAAUCUGAAAGUUCCGUUAAAGAAUUCCGUCCUGGUAAACUGAGACUCAGUUUUGAGGAGAUAGAGAGACAGAGGAGAGAAGAGGAAAAGAGGAAAGCUGAAGAGGAUGCAAGACGACGCAUAGAAGAAGAGAAAAGAGCAUUUGCUGAAGCAAGGAAGAACAUGCAGGUGCUGGAUGACGACUCACCAGAAAUGUUUAAAACAGUUUCUCAAGAAUCUCUCAUACCUGGUAAACUGGAAAUUAAUUUUGAGGAGUUGCUGAGGCAAAAGAUGGAAGAAGAAAAGAGGCGCACAGAAGAAGAGCGUAGGCAAAAGUUGGAAAUGGAAAAGCAAGAAUUUCAACAGUUAAGACAAGAAAUGGGAGAGCUGGAAGAAGAGUCGGAAACUUUUGAGCUAAGCAAAGAAUAUGAAGAAUUAAUAAAGCUAAAAAGAAGUGGCUCUAUUCAGGCAAAGAGCUUAAAAAGCAAGUUUGAAAAAAUAGGACAAUUGUCUCAAGAAGAAAUACAGAAGAAGAUUGAAGAAGAGCGAGCAAAGAGAAGAGCAAUGGAUGAAGAAAUAAGAGAAAGGGAAGCUGAAAAAUUUCAAGAGGACGAUGAGGUAGAUGUGAGACCAGCCAAGAAAUCUGAGGCUCCAUUUACUCAUAAAGUAAACAUGAAGGCUCGUUUUGAACAAAUGGCAAGAGCCAGGGAAGAAGAGGAGCAGAGGAGAAUUGAAGAACAAAAAUUACUACGCAUGCAGUUUGAACAAAAAGAAAUUGAUGCGGCAUUACAGAAGAAAAGGGAAGAUGAAGAAGAAGAGGAGGGAAGUAUUAUCAACGGUUCUACUUGCGAAGAUGAGGAGGAUCAGGCUCGAUCUGGAGCUCCCUGGUUCAAGAAAUCACUGAAAAACACAUCAGUUGUUGAUGGCGAGCCAGUGAGAUUUACAGUUAAAAUUACUGGAGAACCAAAACCUGAAGUUACAUGGUGGUUUGAGGGGGAAAUGUUGCAGGACUCUGAGGACUAUCAAUACAUUGAAAGAGGAGAAACCUACUGCCUUUACUUGCCAGAAACCUUCCCAGAAGAUGAAGGGGAAUAUAUGUGUAAAGCAGUCAACAACAGAGGCACGUCUGCUAGCACCUGUAUUCUCACCAUUGAAACUGAUGACUACUAAUGCUCUACUUUAGCUGGAAUCUUUCUUCCCCUCCAAACUUUCUUAUUACAUCAUCUCUUUCUCUGAUGGGGCCAACUAAAGAAAGCAAGGAUAUGCAUUGAUUUGUCAUUCCUGCAUCAGAUAAGAGUAACCUUCAAAUUGUGAGUGUCCCGAGUUCCUUGAUCAAAUAAAAAAUUAGUGUUAAAAGGCUAAAAAAAGGAAUCAAUGUAUGAAAGAUCAGCUCAAAGAAAACACUGAAUUAUAAUUACUGGCUCCCACAUUUGAAGACCAACUGUUGUGUAAUAGUAUAAAGCUAAAUACACAAUCUGGAAACCUGUGUAGUAGUGUAAAUCUAUCAGUAUAUUUUGCAUGAACACUGAAUAUUUAAGCUGUUUUACUUUAUCCCAGAGGCACUAAACUGGCAAAAGGUAAUACUUACUGAUGACUUUCAAAACCCCCAGUGUACUAUUUUUAAAGAAUAAAAGAUGACAUAACUGCUCACUUCUGUUGUUUUGUUUCAAAGAGCAUUAGUUCUUUUGUUUUAAAUGGGCUUGCAUUUAAACUGUUAUGCUCUUACCAACCUAUGCAGUUGAUAACCCAAAAGUAGAACAACCUCAUUAAGGCUUGUAGUAGCCUUUAUAGUACCAACAUUUGCUUGUAAAACUUCCUGUAUCGCUUAAGCAAUGAAAAAAUCAGAACAGUUGGUGACAGCUACAAUAGGCUCUUAUUUUGAGUUGACAGGAAGCAAGCUUUAAGAAAAGUAUUUUCAGGAAGUGCCUAACUUCUCAACCUUUGUUCUCUCAAUGCAAUAAAUUUAUUACUGCACCUCUAAACAUCUGUCUUCUUAAUGCUACUGUACUAUUUUUCUCUAAGACCUCUUGACAUCAACACCAAUGUCAUUGUGCUAACACCAUCUGAACUGUUUAGCUUCAGCAGGAGUAAUUUUACAAGAGUCACAUUUUAUAGAACACUUAAUCUUAAGUCUUAAUAUAAAGAUAAGGUAAGCUGCAGCAAAUGAACUGAUGCACUUAAAAAAAUUUCCUGUGGUUUAAUCUUCUGACUGCUCCUUGUACAGUUAUCUAUUGAAAGUCACUUUUGCCUCAAUAAAAGUUAGAAAUUCAGAAACCUCUUGAAAAGAAUGGUAAUAGGCUGCCUGAUGUUUUGAAUUAUUAUCUAUCCUAAUAACGAUAUAUUCUGCUUCAUUUCAUGUGGGUGAUGUUCAUUCACAGAAGUACUAGUUGCUGCAGUAUCUUUCCUCUGAAGCUGUUAUUUCAAACUAACGAAGGCAGGGAUAGAAGCAUAAAAAAAGACAAAAACAUUGCUAUUAUUAUCCAUCAGUUUACAUUUAUUGAGAAAAACCAUACAAAAAACAUUAUACAGUUAACGUGUACCCAUAUUACAUACAAUGUCAAUGCAAGCUCAAAACCACAUUUUUGUAAAGCAUUCAAUUUACCUCAAGUCCAAGCUGCAUCUCCCUAAGACACUGUUCCCAUCACAGUUGCCUUUUAAAGCCAAUCUUCUUUUUACACACGGGUAGUUUCUGCAGAGAACACUUUUCUCAGGACGAAAAGGCAUUUCACAUGCACGUAAGAGAAAUAUUUGUGCAUACAUAGGAGUUUUAUAAGCUAUUACUAGGGAAGAGGGAAUCCUGUCAACUGUAUGCUUGCUGAAAAAGCCCAGUCCUCCCUUCCUCCCCCCACUUCCAGAAAAAAAAGCAAAAUAAGAAGUUUUUAGCAUGCAAUGGAAAACUUAAACAUUACUUUGGAAGAGAACAGGGAAGAAACAGUUUCCAU